AUGUUGGUGUGUAAUCCUGACUGGGCCCCUUCUCUGUACCUCGGCCAUACUGAGGUCAAAGCUAGGAACACAGACCGGUUCAAGUGGUUUAGGAGAAGAUCAACGAGUUCACAACAACAGCAACCCCCGUGGCUAGGCACUGACAACACUGGUCCUGAGGCUGAGUUGGAAGCUCACAUGAAUCAACCUCUAUCGCCAGGCACUGACCACACUGGUCCUGAGGCUGAGUUGGAAGCUCACAUGAAUCAACCUCCAUCGCCAGGCACUGACCACACUGGUCCUGAGGCUGAGUUGGAAGCUCACAUGAAUCAACCUCCAUCGCCAGGCACUGACCACACUGGUCCUGAGGCUGAGUUGGAAGCUCACAUGAAUCAACCUCCAUCGCCAGGCACUGACCACACUGGUCCUGAGGCUGAGUUGGAUAAUGCAGCACCUUUAUAUCCAGACAACACUACACCUGCAACCAGUAAAAAGCAGAACACCGAGAACUGUGGCUUUCUUCAGAAGCUCUCGCCUGGAGACCUAGUGUUAGCAGACUGUGGAUUUGAUAUUAAAGAAAGUGUUGCCCUUGUGGGUGCUACACUGAAAAUACCUGCCUUCACCAGGGGCCAUCACCAACUUAAUGCAAAAAAUGUGGAACAGACCAGGAAGUUAGCUCAUGUCAGGAUCCACAUGGAGCGAGUGAUAGGGUGUAUGCGCUUUAAGUUUAACAUAUUAAAUGACACAAUACGCCUGGGAUUUGUGGUGCCUUGUGAGGGGGAGGAUAAGUCUGCUGGAUAAAAUUGUGGUUGUGUGCUGUGCUUUGACCAAUAUGUGUCCAAGUAUUGUUGUGAAGCUGUCAUGUUAGAAUUAAAAAAAGAUUCAAAAGAUUUUGUAAUGUCACUUCUCACAUGUAAUGAUUUUUAGCCAUCUCUGUAAAUAAAAUACAC